CCCGGGAAUCAAAGCCCCGAACGCCGCCGAGACAGCCCGAGUUCGCUCUCUGUUUCGCGGGGAAAACGCCCGAGCGUGCUCCGUUGUUGUUUUCGCGCCUUUCGGGCUGGAUCGAACGUUUCGAGACUGCAACGGACGGACCGUUGCUGCCGGUAAAAACACCGAAACUACGGAUAAAUCCCGGGAGAACGGUGAUGGACUGAAGUGAUCCGGUAUCUGAGAGGGUUUUAGGCCCGAUGGAAGCUGCGACACACCCGGACCUGGAGCGUCUGGGUCCCGGUUCCGGCUUCAGUCUGGACUAAAGACUCGGUUCGUCCCCGAGGGAUUCAAACAGUCACUUCUUUUCUCCGGUAAACGGGCCCAAACCGGCGGAUCAGGACCGUUCUCGGGGUAUUUUAACAACUAUAUUUGCAUAUUUUACUAAUAUUUAGUUGAGAUAUUUGGACAUCCAGCGGUUUCGUGGAUUAACGCCCAGCGGGAUCAUGAGUGCCCCCCCUCUGCUCCUCUAAUCCGGGUUUAAAUCUGAGAUCUGAUCUGGAUUACUCUGCUCCUCCGUUACAUCUGUCCCGGGCUGAACCGGUCCCGGUCCCGAUCCCUGGAUCUCGGAUCCGGUCCUGGUUUUACGGAGUUCUCCUGUCAGAUAUUAUCUUGGGUCUCGGUUGCUCUCGGUCCUGGUUUCUGGGAGUUCUGCUGUCGCCAUGCCGACAUCCCGGCCUGGUUCGGAGCCGGUGGAGUUCUGGGUGGACGGGUCGAGGCGGGACGGAGCGGUGGAGGAGUUCUACACCCUCAGUACCGAGCUGGGACGAGGAGCCACCUCCAUCGUGUAUCGCUGCGAGGAGAAACAGACUCAGAAACCCUACGCCAUCAAAGUCCUCAAGAAAACGAUCGACAAGAAAAUAGUUCGCACAGAAAUCGGCGUCCUGCUGCGUCUCUCCCACCCAAACAUUAUCCAGCUGAAGGAGAUCUUUGAGACGGACACCGACAUUGCUUUGGUACUGGAGCUGGUGACAGGAGGAGAGCUGUUUGAUAGGAUCGUGGAGAGAGGUUACUACAGCGAGAGAGACGCUGCCCACGUCAUCAAGCAGAUCCUGGAGGCCGUGGCGUAUCUCCAUGACAACGGCGUUGUGCAUCGUGAUCUCAAACCGGAGAACCUGCUGUACGCUGACCUGUCGCUGGACGCUCCGCUCAAGAUCGCCGACUUUGGCCUUUCCAAAAUCAUCGAUGACCAAGUGACCAUGAAGACAGUGUGUGGUACGCCGGGGUACUGCGCUCCAGAGAUCCUGAGAGGGAACGCUUACGGCCCCGAGGUGGACAUGUGGUCGGUGGGAGUCAUCCUCUAUAUCCUGCUGUGUGGGUUCGAGCCCUUCUUUGACCCUCGGGGGGACCAGUACAUGUACAGCAGGAUCCUGAACUGUGACUACGAGUUUGUGUCUCCGUGGUGGGACGAUGUGUCUCUCAACGCCAAGGACCUGGUCAGUAAGCUGAUCGUCCUGGACCCCCACAAGCGGCUGAACGUGCGCGAGGCGCUGCAGCACCCGUGGGUGCUCGGCAAGGCCGCACGCUUCUCCCACAUGGACACGGCCCAGAGGAAGCUGCAGGAGUUCAACGCUCGCCGCAAACUCAAGGCCGCCAUGAAGGCCGUGGUGGCGACCAGUCGGAUGCACGAGAGCUCUCGGCGCCGAACCGACAGCUGUGACAUCCCCGGCUCCGGGACGUCCCGUCAGAGCAGCAUGCAGCAGGACCCUCCCCCGGAGACCCCCGGCCCCGAGGCCCCGCCCCCAGACCAGCCCACGCCACCGCCGCAAGACGACCAAUCGCAGCCGCCCUCCGACCAAUCACAGCCCUCCUCCGACCAAUCGCAGCCCUCCGACCAACCAGCUCACAGCCCGUCGUCUCCACGCGGCUCCAAACCGCCCGGCGCGCCCACCCGGCCGCCCCUGCGUGCCGACGGGCCACGCCAGGCGUCCGUCGUGCCCAAACCGGCGGCGCCGCAGCCCCGGCUGCCGCCGAAGAGCCGCUCCGUGGUGGAGCCGGCGUGCUCCAGCGCUGCCGCCGCCACCGCCGGCGAGGCCACGCCCCCGAGUCCCAGCAGCCUCAGCAACGGCUUCACCACGCCGCCGCCGCCGCCGCUGACCGAGCCCGCCAGCACGGCGCGGCGCUGCCAGUGA